ACGGCGUGUCUCGCGUUUCGAUCUUAUAAACUAAUCAGCAGGUAGUCAGAAGAAUAUAAAAUAUAUAUGAAAAGCAGAAACAAAAACAUUAAGAGCAGCUAAAACACAAUCAAAUAUACGAAAUUCAAUAAGAACAACAACAACAGCAACAAGAACAACAUGGAAUAUUGAAUGAACGGAUUUCGAGUAUGCACAUAUAUUAAACUGCCAGGAGCCAGCCAAGAUGGUCGGUCAGCAGCCUGACACAGACACUUAAUCUCCACUCGAAUGCGACUGCAGUGAACACUUAAUGCUUAAAUGAAUUAAUAAGCAGACAAAAAAGAAGCACAAACAUGGAUGCAAAGCUCAACAACGAACACGACGAUUGCGAAUGCCCGCAGGAGCACAUCAAACAUCAACAGGAGCAGCAGCAGCAGCAGCAGCAGCAGCUGGAGCAGCAGCGGAAGCAACACCAACAACAGCAACAAGCGCUCCAUCAAAGCUGUCGGAAUGAUUAUAUGACAAUGCUGCAUUUAGUUUUCCGGCUGCUGUUGGCUGGCUGCUGCUGCAGGCUGGCGGCGUGCUCCUAUCUGGAGCCGGACGAGCUUAUACACGAGCUGGAUCGUCCGGUGCCGCUGACAUCGGUGCAGGGUGUCCUCAGCAGGCAGGCGAUGCUGCCCUGUGAUAUAACGCCGCUCGAACGGGACGAUGCCGUCUAUAUGGUGCUCUGGUUUCGCGAGGGCGACGGCGAGCCCAUCUACAACUUUGAUGUGCGUGGCCGUCAAUUUGGUCAGGCGCGUCUGUGGUCGUCGCCGCUGGCGUUUGGGACACGCGCCCACUUCAGCAGCACCUCGCAUCCUGCUCAGCUGAAAAUCGACAAUGUGCGCAUUGAAGAUGAGGGCGUUUAUCGCUGCCGUGUGGACUUUCGUAACUCGCCCACUCGUAAUCUAAAGAUAAACCUAACUGUUAUUGUGCCACCGGAUAGACCCAUUAUCUACGAGCCCAAUCGACAUGACAAGACCAGCAACGUGGAGUCCUUUAACGAGGGCACCGAUAUCGUUCUGGCCUGCGAAGUUACAGGCGGUCGGCCGCGCCCCAACGUUACCUGGUACUUGGAUAACACGGUCAUCGAUGAGUCAUUCGAUCAGCGGCCCGAUGGCAAAACCAUUAACCAUUUAUCCUAUCCCAAUAUUGGAAGACAGCAUCUAAAUUCGCGACUGGUGUGCGUCGCCAGCAAUACGAAUCUGACGCCGCCCAAUAACAAGGUCGUUAUACUGGACAUCAACUUAAAACCUGUUGCCGUGCACAUCCUGACCAAGGAUCGCUUUGUAUCCGCGGAUCGCACCUACGACAUUGAGUGCAAAAGCUCCGGCUCCAAGCCGGCGGCCAUAAUCACCUGGUGGAAAUCCAAUAAGCAGCUGAAGAAACAAACCAAGAACUUUAAUGAGCCAGACAAUCAAUCCCUAAGUAUACUGACGUUCACACCCACCCGGGACGACGAUGGCAAAUAUUUAACAUGUCGGGCAGAAAAUCAAUUCAUCGAAGGCAGCGCCAUCGAGGACAAAUGGCGUCUCAUUGUGCACUAUCAACCCACUACGAUACUGAAGAUGGGCUCCUCGUUGAAUCCGGACGACAUCAAGGAGGGCGACGAUGCCUACUUCGAGUGCAUUGUACAAUCGAAUCCGAAGCCCUACAAGAUGUCCUGGUUUCACAAUGGCAAGGAACUGCAGCACAAUAUCUCUGUGGGCAUCAUUCUGUCGGAUCAAUCGCUCGUCCUGCAAAGUGUCUCGCGCGCCUCGGCCGGCGCCUACACCUGUUUGGCUGUCAACUCGGAGGGCAAGGGCCUCAGUAAUCCGGUCACAUUGCGCAUACGCUACGCACCCAUCUGUGCCAUCGACCACGAGCAGCUGCUGGGCGCCCUCAAACACGAGACAUUGGCACUGAAGUGCGAAGUGGACUCCUCCCCGCCGGCCGACUCCUUCCAGUGGACCUUCAACUCGUCCGGCGAGCAAACAGAGCUGCCCGCCCGCCUCCACACCAGCGAGACGGGCAUGUCACGCCUAAAUUAUACGCCCAGCUCAGAUCUGGACUACGGCACCGUUUCCUGCUGGGCCAAGAACUCAAUUGGCGUGCAGAAGAGUCCCUGCGUAUUUCAGAUUGUGGCAGCAGGUCGACCUUUUCCACUGCAAAAUUGUACGGUCAGCAACCAGUCGGUGGAUUCGCUGCAAGUGGACUGCAUUGAGGGCUUCGAUGGGGGCUUGCCACAGAGUUUUAUGCUCGAAUUGGUGGAGCUGAACUCGCUGCAAUUGGCCAGGAAUAUAACAAUACACCACACACCUGUCACAUUCAUCAUUGAGAACUUGGAUCAGGCAGCCACCUAUCGCAUGAUUAUAUUCGCCGUCAAUGUGAAGGGCCGCUCGGAGCCCACCAUUAUAGACGACAUCAACUUUAAGGGCGUGGCAAAGCUAACGGGCAACUCGACGGGGCUUAGUGUGCCGCUCUCGCCAUUCCUGGCCGGGCUGACGCUCGUGUGCGGCCUGCUGUUCGCCAUAUCCUGCAUCAUAUUGGCUGCCAUAUACAGAAGAUUCUCAAAUCGCCGCAAUGAUAAUAAUCUGAAGGCCGUAAAGCACACACAAUUAGCAAUACCGGCUGAUUGCCAGCUGGACCCGCUGCAUCCCGGACCGCACACAAAUGGCCAGGGCCAGUGCCAGGGCCAGGGCCAGGGACAGGGGCAGAAUCAGAGCCAAAGCCAGAGCCAGAGUCAGAGCCAGGGGCAAGGGCAUAUGCAAAACGAGCAGUCCAAUCACCAGGCACACCACAGUCUCCUUCCAAUUAAUUGUGAUAGUCGCAAUGCGGCCGAGCGAGGCGCGCUGAGCGAAGUGAAUGUAGACAGUGGCACGAGGACCUCACCAAGCGGGCACGGGCACGGGCUCGGGCAUGGCUUGACCAUGGCCACUGGACGCACUCGAGCCAAUGCACAGCUGCUGGGCGAUCAGGCUGAUAUAGAUGACACCGAUCCCGAUGUUAUACCCAAUCAGUAUGAAAAACGCCCACUGAAGUCCCUGGGCGCAUCGCCGGGCUUCGCCAGUCCGGCCACGCGGCUGAUGCCACGCGAUUACUGCACUGGGCGCGAUGCGGAGCUGCUCAAGGGCAAUGCGGAGAGCGUCGGGGUGAUGGCGGGACUGGGUGGCACGGACGCCAGCACCAUUGGCCUGCUGAGCAACUCGGGCAACGAGGUCCUCCACUAUACGUUCCGGCCAAGUAAACAAAUUAGCUAUGCGACCCUCAAUAAGAAGGGCAUAACCACGUGUAGUCCGCCGCUGGGGUCGUUGACAUAUAACAUAAGCACAUCGACGCCCUCAUCAUCAUAUCAUCUAACACCGCAGCCAAUGGAGGUCAGCCUACUCAGUCCGAAUAACGCAUCGGUGACCUCGUCAUUAAGCGAAUAUCGUUUUCGGCCCGAGGUCGUUACCACUUCGAAUCGCAUACAGGAAAGUUGUAUAUAAGCUUCACAUAUGCAUUUAAGCAACAUAUCUGCAUACAAUAAUUACUCUAUACUCUCUAUAUAUAUUUAUACCAUAUAUAGAUCAAUGUAGUUGCGUGUGCGUGUGCGUGUGCGUUUGCGUGUGCGUGAGUGUAUAAACAAAAUGGUAAAGAAAUGCAAACUGUAUUAUUAACUAUCGUAAUACCCCAGCAGCUGCAUAUAUAUAUACAUAUUUACCUAUGUGGAUUUAUAGAUGUAUAUGUAUGUAUAUAUAUUUAUAUAUUUAUUCGCAUGGUUUGAGGCAAGACUUCUUUAACUUUUAAGCAUUUCUGUGUAAUUGUUGCAUUAUUAAUUUAAGUAACAAUGCCAAAAGUGUAACCGACAUUACACUCGUUUUGUAAAUACUUAACUCGUUGUCAUUUGUUGUAAUCAAGUCUAAUACUCUUAACGCUGAACAACAACAACAACAACAACCAGUGAAUACUGAAUGCAGCGUCUGAGUCUCGGCUGCACCCACAUAUCCGUUGUACGAUUAUUUACUACUACUACCAGCCCACUUUCGAUGCAAUCCAUACAUAUUCUCACACACUCUUUACAUACCUUACCAACAUAUCCCGGAGAGACGCCGAGAAACUGCCAAUCAUAUCUAACGUUCUUUCGCUUUAAUCAAAAUAUCGCUUAUUCCCCAAAUCGUGUUAAGUGUUAAGACUACCAAUAAAUGAUUGAACAAAAACAAAAACCCUUCCAAAAAUA